AUGCAUGCCAGGACGAAUCCUGAUUCGAAAACCUGCGUCUUCUGCGUAAUAAGCGCGCGAAAAGCUCCAGCGAGCUUUCAAGCGACGCGAGACGCGAACGAGGCGGGUGCCAGGGACGGCGCUGGGGAGCGCACUGCCAAGGUGAGGUGCCAAGUGCCAAGCGCGGCCCUCGCCUCGCCACCACCGCCCCGGUCUGCCCGCGCCGCCGCAGCCUGCGAUGCCGCUAUCACUACAGCUUUUCAGCGCCCCGACAAUGCCCUGGGAACAUUU